GGCGAAAAGCAAACCAUGCGGAACCUCAACGACCGCCUGGCGAGCUACCUGGACAAGGUGCGGGCUCUGGAGGAGGCCAAUACCGAUCUGGAGAUCAAAAUCAAGCAGUGGUACGUGAAUUUGGGCCCUGGCUCUAGGGAUCCUGCUUCCGGCCGUGACUACGGCAAGUUUUACCUCAUCAUUGAAGAUCUGAAGAAUAAGAUUUUGACCGCUACCGUUGACAACGCGAGCGUUAUUUUGCCGAUUGACAAUGCCAGACUGGCUGCUGAUGACUUCAGGAUGAAGUAUGAGAAUGAACUGUACCUCCGCCAGAGUGUGGAGGCCGAUAUCAAUGGCCUGCGUAAAGUCCUCGAUGAUCUGACCAUGACCAGAUCAGACCUGGAGAUGCAGAUCGAAAGCCUGACCGAAGAGCUGGCUUACCUCAAGAAGAAUCACGAGGAGAUCUUCACCGAUGUCGGGGAGGCCAGCUCGGCCAAGGGUGAGAUGACGGAACUGAAGCGCACCCUCCAAGCCCUGGAGAUCGAGCUCCAGUCCCUCUUUGCCACGCAAAGCUCCCUGGAAGGCACUUUGGCAGACACGGAAUCCGGCUACGUCCUGCAACUCUCCCAGAUUCAACACCAGAUCAGCAGCCUGGAGGAACAACUCUGCCAGAUCCGGGGCGAGUCCGAAUGCCAGAACGCUGAGUACGAACAGCUCCUGAACAUCAAGACCCGCCUGGAGAUGGAGAUCGAGACCUACCGCAGCCUCCUCGAUGGAGAGGGGGGCGGUUCUCGGAUAUCAGGUCCUAAGAGUACGGGAUCCAAGAGCUCAAUUCCUCCUGAAGGGAAAAGCAUCCAAGGCAGAGACUCCAACAAAACCAGAAUAACCAGGACGAUAGUGGAAGACCUAGUAGAUGGUAAAGUCGUUUCAUCUCAAGUCAGCAAUAUCUCUGAAGUGCGCGUACAGUAAGCUCCUAGAGAGAAAUGAGAACAAAACCGCCCUGCCCCAUCUCCCUUCUGGAAUGGUCUAACCCAAGCAAAGCGGUCAACUAAGCAUUUCUAACUCUUCCUCCUUAAUCCAACGAAGCUGUUCAGAACCGACUCCGCUAACCAUUUCUUUCCGCAAUUCAAUAAACUUCCCCGCUGUUGCAAAUUAUAUAAUU